CUCCCAUCUCUUCCAAACUCCACUAGUUAUACACUUAUAACUAUCUCUUGAAGAGAAACAAGCUACCAUAGCUAGCCACCUCACUAGGAUUUCCAGAUCACCUCAUCAAUGGCCUCCAAACCUUGUUCCUCCUUCGCUCUUUUCCUGCUCCUCAACCUUCUCUUCUUUUCCAUGGUUUCUGCUUGCUAUAACUGUCCUGGCGGUUCAAACCCAAGGCCCAGGCCGAGACCUUUCCCCAACCCCUUCAACCCCAGCCCCUCGCCAGGAACUGGAACCGGAACCGGAACCGGUACGGGAACAGGAACUGGUACCGGAACAGGAACCGGUACUGGAACAGGAACAGCUACGUGUCCCAGGGACGCACUGAAACUAGGGGUGUGCGCCAAUGUGCUGAACGGUUUGCUCAACGUGACAAUUGGUCAGCCGCCGGUGACCCCAUGCUGCACUCUCAUCCAAGGGCUAGCAGACCUUGAGGCCGCCGUCUGCCUCUGCACCGCCAUACGAGCUAACAUUCUAGGCAUCAACCUCAACAUUCCAAUCUCUCUCAGCUUGCUUCUCAACGUUUGCUCUAGGCAAGUCCCUCGUAACUUCCAAUGUGCUUGAUGAUCCCAUCAGCUAUACGUACUCCGUCUUCCAUCUUUCAUAUCAGCGGCCUUCUUAAUUAUUAUCGUGUUAUUCCAUUUGUUUCAACUGCUACAAAUUAAAUUGUAGUAUCAUGUGUGUGAUUUAUUACGUACUUUUAUGAUUAAUUGGAUGCUAGCUAGCCGCAUGCCUAGUUAUCCUUUAUUAUUAUCAUCUACAGUUAGUGCUUGUUUGAUUUCAUUUGUGCUAGGAGUCAAAAAUAAGUUUCCCCGUGUUUACUUACCAAGUAAAUUGUAAGGGGAACCACAAAGAUUAAACAUAGUGUUCUUCAUUAUAAAGAAAUGGUUCAAUUA